AAGCCUUAAACUACAGGCCCACCAAAACUUCGUUCUUCUAAAACCCUAGCGAUUUCACCAGUUAUUGUUGUAUGGUUAUAUAGGAGAAAACUCCCUUCAUUACCGCCGUCGACGCAUUUGCCUCUUCCUAUAAUUUCCGACUACAUUUCUCCAGGCCAGAGCCAACCAUGGUUGCUGCAAAGAAAACCAAGAAGACUCAUGAGAGUAUUAACAACAGGCUGGCUCUGGUAAUGAAGAGCGGCAAAUACACAUUGGGAUACAAGACUGUUCUCAAAACUCUUAGAAACUCCAAAGGCAAACUCGUCAUCAUUGCCAACAACUGCCCUCCUCUCAGGAAGUCUGAGAUAGAGUACUAUGCUAUGUUGGCAAAGAUUGGAGUCCACCACUACAAUGGAAACAAUGUAGAUUUGGGGACUGCAUGUGGUAAGUAUUUCAGAGUCUGUUGCCUCAGCAUCAUUGAUCCAGGUGAUUCUGAUAUCAUUAAGAGCAUGCCUGGUGAUCAGUGAGAUAGCAGCUGAUGUUAGAUCGCUCUAAUGGACACUGCUCAAUCUUAGUGGAACUUUGCCGUUUUUCCUUAUUGAGAAAAAUAUCUAGUGUAGAUGAGUUUUGCUACUGUGGUGAUGUUAAAGGAAGUUUUGAUGGUAUUUGGAAUCUUAACGACAUCAAUUUUUUAACCCUGAGUUUUGAAUCUUCUAAUUGACUAUCAUUUGUUGCUUGA